AUGGAUGUUUUAAGCGAUCUGUUAGAAUUAGAUGCAACUGAACUUCAACUGCCAGAGGAUUCUCCAUCAGGUAAAGAUGAUAACAUUGAUACUUACCGAGCCUACGUUGACUCGACCCUAAAAAAAGAAUAUCAAUUACAUACUGAAUUCCUCAAGGAAUUUGAUGAUCUCAUGGAAAAGAACCAAUCAAUACGUACCUCUACUGAGACACUUAUACCGAGUUUGAAAAAUUACUUUGCCGAAUUUAACAACAAGUUGAACGAUUUGACUAAAGAUCUCGAUUUCGUUAAGGGUAAAUUUUCUGAGUUUUCAUCGUUACUGAAGAGUAACUCUUCGAAGUUGAAAGACAUAAGUCCCAUCGUUAAUGAUUUGAUAAUCUCUCCUGAAAUAAUAUAUCAAGUGUUAAGAGGCAAGAUUGAUCAAAAAUGGAUUGAUUGUAUUGAUUAUUUGAACGAUAAACAAGAGAUAUUCCUGAAGUAUCAAGAAGAAAAUAAAUCAGAGAGACCAAAUGAUUUCGAACAGUUGAAUGAAAUCUUACAAAUACUAAAGGCAGUUUCUGCAGAAAGAGCUAAAAAAUAUAUUGUGAUAAGAAUUAAGAGACUGAGGGACGGACAUCCUGUGCCAGCGCAAAGAAUUCAAGAGGAACUACUUCAGGUCAGAGAAAUCUAUCAAAUGAUCUACAAUACCAAGUCGGACAUAGCUACAGAAUUACGAGAAGCAUAUAUUAAUACGAUGAAAUGGUAUUAUAAGACAUAUUUUGCAAGAUAUAUUAGAUCUUUGACAAUUUUACAGUACGUCCAGAUAGAUUCUCAAUACGCAUUAGGACAAGGUCUUUCAAAUACAUCGGUUUCAGGAUCUUAUUCUAAUUAUCUUUAUGCCAGUGGAAGAACGCUCUUUGGCGCACAAACUGCUUCCCACUUUAAUGUCACUGAUGACAGCAUUAACGACUAUUUCCAAAUAUCAAAACGGUUGGAUCUUAUCACGCAAGAAGAUAGGACAGUUAUGGUAUCGCAAAUUGCAGAGAAUAAUCCAAUUGCCAAUUACAUCGAAGUUGGAUUUAAAAAUUUAAACUUGGCAUUAUUAGAUAAUUGCACUGCAGAAUUUAUGUUUUUGAAUGAAUUCUUCAGAUUACCAACUGAUAAAGGUGAUCUAAUACGAACCAUUCUUCUGGAUAUCUUCCAGCCAACUUUUGAUAAUGCUAUGGACUUCACGCAUCAAUUAAUUGAUACAUCAUUCGAUAUAUUUGGUGUCUUAAUCAGCAUUAGAGUUGCACAUAGACUACAAUUCGAAGCGCAACAUCGUCAAAUCCCGUGCAUUGAUGAUUAUCUUGAUGGUCAGUUGAUUCUUCUAUGGCCAAAAUUUCAGAAACUUGUGGAUUUCCAGUGUGAACAAUUAAGAUCUGUUUCAAUAACAACCAACGUUGCCCGUGUUAGAGGUGCUGGAACCGCUUCAGACCCGUUAGUAACGCCUCACGAACUCACGGUACAGUUUUCCAAAUUUCUUCUCAGUUUAUUGAAACUAUCGUUAACCCACAAGGAACUUUUAGAUGAAAGGGCAGAACCGUUGUUCCACUCGAUAAAUAGAAUUCGUGAUGAUUUCGAAACAAUAAUGACAAAAUGCAGCAAAAAGACUAAAAACGCUGAUAAUUUCCUAACCACAAAUUAUAUGUAUAUCUACAACGCCCUUCAACAAUCGUUCCUCAGAACAGAUUCUGAAAAGGAACCACUCAUCCUCUCACAAACGAAAACUCAUCUUUCACAGCUACUAGAAGCAUAUAGUAAGUAA